AUGAAUAAAUAAAAAUUAGCAUAAGAAAAAUAAUAUAGAGAACAAGCAAAAUACAAAACCCUUUUCAGUCAAGAGCCUCCAAAUCCAUUCGGAGAAUAAGAUGUUGAAAAAAUGAAACAUCAAUAUGCACAAAUAUUGAAGGAAUAGAUUUUAGACUCUUAAAGACAUAAAGAAUAACAAAAAACUAGAGAUAGACAAGAAACGCAAAAAUAAAUCUAAUAUGAAAGUCCUUUUGGAAAAGAUCGAUUAAUCCAUCUGUAAAAACUUAAUAAAGAACUACUCAAACCAAUUUAAGACAUCGAUGAAUUUGUGAGGAAAAAGAACUAAACUGAUAUUUCAAGACCUAAAACUAUUUUAAAGAAUUAAUCAACCGAAAGAAGUAAUUAAUAGCACUCAAAUGAUAACUCUUUGGAGUAAGCACCUUAAUAUAAUUUUGACUCUCCAAAUUAAUAGGAAUAUAUUUAAAAUAGAAAUUAAACUUAAAUUCUUCCCACAUAAUAAACUUAAAGAAAUAGAGAUUAUUAAUCUUCUUAAUCUCUUGGUUUACCAGAACCCAUUUUAUCAAAUAAUAGUAAUUUAUUAAAGAACAAUAAUAAAAAUAUCCAUUUUCCCAUAUAAUUACCACCUAAAACACCAGGAAUAGUUUAUGAUAAACAAAAUAACCCCAUAUUAUCUGAUUACUUGAGCAUUUAUGAUUAAUAAUUUAGUAGACUACAUAAAUCAGAAAAAAGUGACUUUAUAAAAGAAUUGAAUCAACUUAGAUCUUAGUUCUUUGUUUAAUAAAAGCCUCAAGUUCAGCCAUUUAAAUAAAUUGUUAAUUUAUAAUAAUAAUCACCUCCAAAGAUUACUUCGGAUAUUGGGAUUUAGGAUGAUUAAUAUAGGUUAGAAUAACUGGAAAGAGAAAGGUAAGAAGAAUAAUUUAGAUAUUAAGAAUAUUUGCGUUAACUAGAAGAGGAGAAGAGAAGGCAACAAGAAGAAUUUGAAAAAUAACUAAGGGAGAAGAUUGAAAGAGAAUUAGAAGAACAAAAAAGAUUAAAAUAACAGGAAAUUGAAAUUUAAACUGAAAAAUUAGUAACUGACACAGGAAUUUAACAUGUUGAUCAAAAUGCAGUAACAGCAGCUGAAUAUAUGAAGACUCUGAAAUCACUUUCAGGAAGCGUCAUUGAUAUGAAAAAUUAAUUUAUUUAAGGGCAACAAAAGUUAAAUUAUGAGUUAAUUUAACUGAGAGAUAAAGCACAAAGAGAUAUUGAAGAAAAGUUAAGGAUUUAAAAAGAAUUAAAGGAAUUAGAAUAGAGAAAUUAAGCAAUUAAAGUUUGGGAAGGAGAAAAAUAAAGAUAAUUAAUGUAAGCUUUGGAAAAAAAUGCUCCGAUUACUCAAUAUAAAUCAGUUUUUAUGGAUCCUAAAUAAAUCAACCCGACUCUUAAGAAAGUUAUAAGAUUUAAAGAUUAAACGUAAGGAUAUGAAUAUGAAGAACCGAAUGUAAUAUUUUCAAAAUCUAAUCUGAUGCCAUUGAAUGGAGGAUAUGAUCAGAAACACUUGCAUAAUUUAAAGGCUAAUGAGCCUGUUUUACCAGAAGAAUUAGAAAUUUUUAAGUAAGAAGUUGCACCUCAAUUAAAAUAUUCAAAUCAGAUUACUAAGAAAAUUAGAAUGGAUGACUUGUAUGAUUAGUUUUACGAUUAUAAAUAUCCAAAACAGCUUGAACAUCCUGGUUAAGAAAGACUUGAAAGAUCAAAACAUGAAACUCAAAUUAAAAAUGAUCCAAAUUAAAUAUUGUUAGAAAAUGAUAGAAGGCUACAUGAACUCGGAAUUAUAGAUCCAAAAGGAGAUAACUAAUAGAUUUAAGAAUUAUAUGAUUAUUUAUGA